AUGACUUCUUCAGAGACACCCAGCGCAUCGAAGUUGAGUCCUCAGGACUUGGCUGCCCGGGGACUUGAGGUCACCGGCAUUUCUAUAUACAAAGACACCAACGAUGACAUCAACAUGGACAGAGUACACGCAUUGUUGGCUGAAAUGAACUCAGACGUUCCUCAAGGCGGAACAGACAUUGUGUACGGAGAAAGAGAAGCUCAACGCCUUCGUCUCUGGAAACCGACUUCAAGUUCCACCAAGGCCCCUGUUAUCGUGUAUGUCCACGGUGGGAGUUGGACAAUCGGUACUUAUCUCGACUCAACGGGUUCAAAGAAAGUCAGCUACCUGAACGACCUUGGCUAUGCCUUUGCAUCGAUCAAUUACACGCUUAUCCCAAAGAUCACUGUGAAGGAGCAGGUGCAAGAGAUCGCUGACUCGAUGGCGUACUUGAUCAAGCAUUCUGAAGAGCUUGGCAUCGAUGCAGAGCGUGUAGUUCUCAUGGGCCACAGCUCAGGCGCACACGUCGUCACUUUACUGGGUACCGACCCAACCUAUGCUCAAAAGUCCGGCUUCAGCAUCUCCGUCUUCAAAGGCGUCAUCGCUCUCGACGGCUCAAACUACAACGCGCUAGCAGAAUUCUCCGACAGCACUGGUCCCAUAAUCACAAAUAUGAUCAAAGGACUAAGCGACGACCCAAAGAAAUUGGAGGACAUGUCGCCGACGCAUCACGCAGCUGCACCGAACGCGGGGGCGUUUCUGCUGCUGCAUUGUCAGAGGAAAGGUGGCAUUCGGCAGGCGGCUGAGUUGGCUGUGGCGCUCAAGGCGGCGGGGACGAGUGUGGAGUUGCGUGUUUUUGAGGGGGAGGGGUUUGAGGGGCAUCUUAAGAUGUUGUUGAGGCUUGGGGAUGGGGAUUACCCUGCGACGGGGGUUAUGGGGGACUGGCUGAGGAAAUAUGUUCCACUGUAA